AUGGGGAACGCAGAUGUCAUAAGCAGACUACCCCUCGAGGCAGGUUCGGAUGACAAUCCUGACCCGAAUCCGCCUGAAGUCCUGCUGCUAGAGGCGGUACAGGACGCACCUAUCCGUGCGGAACAGAUUGCACUAGAAACAGAAAAGGACGCCAUUCACGGCAAGGUACUCAACUGGACAGAGAAAGGAUGGCCUGAGUCAGCAAUAAACGACCAAUCAUUUCAACCGUUUCAAGUUCGGAGGAACGAGCUGUCACUCAUGAAAGGUUGCAUCCUGUGGGGGAACAGAGUAGUUAUACCACCGACAUUGCAGGCAAGCGUUAUGAGUGCGCUUCACGCAGGGCAUGCCGGAAUAAUGAGAACGAAGGCUUUAGCAAGGAGUUACGUGUGGUGGCCAGGUAUUGACAGCGAUAUUGAAAACACGGUCAGCAGGUGCCGGUCCCGCCAGAUGACGCGCAACAUGCCGCCACGAGAAGCUCCGCACCCAUGGAUUCCGCCGUCCAGACCUUGGUCACGGGAUCAUCUCGACUACGCAGGACCUUUCUAUGGACGAAACUUCCUGGUGGGAGUGGACACUUACUCACGGUGGCCGGAGGUCACACAGGUGUCAUCGCUCUCAGCAACAGAGCUCAUCAAACAUUUGCGACGGAUGUUCGCUACUCACGGACUUCCCGAAGUGAUUGUCACAGACAAUGGCACAAGCCUCGCGUCAGCCGAGAUGCGAGAAUUCACGAAACUAAAUGGGAUUCAACACGUCUUCACGCCUGUCUACCAUCCAGCUUCUAACGGCUCUGCAGAACGCAUGGUACAGACCGUCAAGUCUGGUCUUUCAAGACUGCAAAGGAGCGACUGGGAAUGUAGACUGUCAAGGCUGCUAUUUUCCUUGCGGUCCACCCCGAGUGCCACAACCGGAAAGACACCAGCGGAGAUCAUGUUCGGGCGCCGCCUUCGAGUUCGACUUGACCCGCUGCGACCUGCUAACGACAGACAACAGGACCUAAAGUUGCCUAUGGCGGCGCGAAGGUUUAGCAGAGGUGACACGGUGUUCGUACGAAGUUACAGAGGGGCAGACAAAUGGUGUUCCGCGACGAUUACGGCAACAGAGGGCAGCUGUAUCUACAGAGUGCGACGCAGCGAUGGAUUAGAACACCGAGUACACGUGAAUCCGAUACGCCGCCGUCAAACGAGCGGAGUUGGACCUCGUCAAACAGAUUCUGCGGACGACUUCCUACCACUGCCCCCUUCACAUGCGGGUUCUCUGGGAGCAUCGACAACUACAAUUGAAGACGCACCGCCACCGCUACGCCGAUCAAGCAGAGAGCGGCAUCCAACAUUCUUUUACGGAUGCCCCAUUCCUCACUCUGGUGGGAAGGGAUUGUUGUGUAUUGGUCUGGGCUGCCAGCCCAAGCAAGGCAGUGUGAGACGGAAGAAACGUGAGGAUCGCCGUUUCAUGGCUUUGAACUCUGACUGGACUUUGCGCCGGCACUUACCGGCGGCUUGGAGUCAGUCGGUUCGAGCGUCACGAACGGAGACGUUCUCUGUCAUAGCAUGA